AUGAAGUUCCUCUCGCUUCUUGGUGCUGUUCUGCUCUCGGCCGCUGUGGUCUCUGCCGACUCGUCCGUCGCCACCGGCGCCGACAAGGGCAAGCUUCCGCAGCUGCUUGAGCUCAUCAACAAGCUCGAGCACGCCGAUCCUGCAUCCCCCACCUUUGCCGCCGAGUUUGCCGACGAGCUGCCGCGUCUCGCCAAGCUCCACCGCGAGGUCGCCGCGCAGUCGAGCGACCGCCAGGUGCGCCGUCUCUACGGCGACGAUGACGCUGCUCACAAGCUGCUCCAGUUCGUCCAGCUCCAGCCCGCCAAGCGCGACACCACCAAGAAGUCCAAGGGCGCCAAAUCCGACCACGCCGCACACCCCGCCAAGAAGGGCGAGGCUGUGAACAAGGGCAAGAACGGCGCAAAGACUUCGGCCGAGCACAAGUCGGAGCACGCCGCUCACCCCGGCAACAAAGGCGAGGCGGUCAACAAGGGCAAGAACGGAGCGAAGAAGUCGAGCGAGCACAAGUCGGAGCACGCUGCACACCCCGGCAACAAGGGCGAGGCGGUCAACAAGGGCAAGAACGGCCAGAAGGUUUCCGGCGAGCACAAGCCCCAGCACGCCGCACACCCGCACCAGCAGCAAACGACCAAGCGCGAGGUAGAGGAGACCACCGAGCCCGACACCAAGAAGACCGAGACCAAGCACUCCGCGUCGAAGAAGACCGAGGGCAAGAAGACCGCCACCAAGAAGUCUGAGAGCAAGAAGACGGAAGACAAGAAGAAGGAGGCCAAGAAGGAGGACAAGAAGGCGGAGGGCAAGAAGUCGGCAACUGAGCACGCCAAGCACUCUGCGCACGCCGAGCACGCCGCACACGCCAGCUCGCACAAGUCGAACAAGAAGCCCGCCCACAAGCAUGCCGCCAAAUCGCCUGCCACCCCUCCCACCUCGUCCUAG